AUUAUUCACUUCUCCCGGAUGAUAUAAACUCUGGCACAUGCCCACUGCCUUGGUCUUGUGUCAGCAUACACACAAGGAAGGAGGACUCAGAUUAUCAUGUCGUGAUGGCAACCCAAUUUACAUCUGUAAAUGAUUAAAGGGUCUGCAAAGUAAAAGCAGAUGCAUAUAUUCCUCAAGCUGACUCCGAAAAGCACACACAAGAGAUGCAGUAACUCCUCUUGCUUUUUGCCUUACCUGGAUUUUGCAAAGACAAAUGGGAAAACAGGCAGAACAAGUGGACGGACACUAUUUGGUGCAAAGACAGGUGUUCUCUGAAGAUUCAUUUUCACAAGAACACAAAAAGAUCAAUAGGAGACACAAGGGUCUGCGAGAUCAUAUUGUGGAAUACUUCACGUGUGAUUCAAAACGUAUAAAGAAUGCAGCUUUGUCUUUUCUCCCCAUCAUUGGGUGGAUGAAAAUAUACAAAUUUAGACAAUGGCUGCUGAACGACAUAAUAUCUGGAGUCAGCACAGGACUGGUAGCUGUACUGCAAGGACUUGCAUUCUCCUUGCUAGCGAACUUACCACCAGGAUAUGGACUAUACUCUGCAUUUUUUCCUGUAUUGAUCUACUUCUUCUUGGGCACAUCCAGACACCUGUCAGUAGGUCCUUUUCCCGUUCUGAGUCUGAUGAUUGGCAGUGUUGUAGAGAAGUAUGCACCUGAUAACGGCUUGCCUGUAUAUAACGUUACUGGAUUUGAGGGACUGACCCAGGAGCAACAAAGAGUUAUAGUUGCCUCUUCUGUUACAUUUCUUAUGGGCCUUUUUCAGCUUGGUAUGGGGCUGCUGCAAGUGGGCUUCAUAGUCAUUUACCUGUCUGAUACUUUGGUAUCUGGGUUCACAACUGCUGCAGCAGUUCACAUCCUUGUAUCACAGCUCAAGUUUGUGCUUGGGUUGGAUGUACCAGGCAAAAGUGGAGCAUUCAACAUUUUCUUUACUUUGGAGAAGGUUUUUGUACAGAUCCAUAAGACCAAUGUGGCUGAUUUGCUGACCUCCAUUAUAAUCAUGGUAGUGGUGUAUAUAGGAAAGCUCCUCAAUGACAAAUUUAAGCUGCCUGUGCCCAUUCCAAUCGAAAUCAUCAUGACCAUCAUUACUUGUGGAAUCUCUUAUGGAUGUAAUUUUGAAGUAAAAUAUAAUGUGACGGUGAUUGGAGAGAUGGUGGAUGGAUUUAAAGCUCCAUUUGCUCCAAAUGUGGACGUGAUGGAACAAAGUGCAUUAGAUGCUUUCCCUAUAGCGAUAGUAGGCUUUGCUGUGGCUUUCUCCGUGGCUAAAGUCUACUCUGUCAAACACGACUACAUUAUUAAUGGAAAUCAGGAGCUCAUUGCUUUUGGAGCAAGUAAUAUAUUCGGAGCAGCUUUUCGAUCCUUUGCAGCCAGCACUGCACUUUCCAGGACAGCGGUACAAGAAAGCACAGGGGGAAAAACACAGAUAGCAGGUCUAAUCUCAGCAGUUAUAGUAUUGAUCGUCACAGUUGGAAUAGGAUUCCUGCUUGAGCCACUACCCAGGUCUGUUUUGGGAGCUCUUGUGAUUGUGAACCUCAAAGGCAUGCUGAUGCAGUUCAGGGAGAUCCCAUACCUUUGGAAAAAGGACAAAGCUGAUUUUGUCAUUUGGGUUGUGACAUGUGCUGCCUCCAUUAUUCUGAGCCUGGACCUGGGACUAGCUGUAGGUAUUGGUGUGCAACUGUUCACAGUCGUCUUCCGUACUCAAUAUCCACGUUGCUCUGUACUGGCAAACAUCAUAGGCACUGAUAUCUACAGAGACCGCAAAGACUACACCUCUAUUCAUGAACCUAGCGGAGUAAAAAUAUUCAGAAUCCCCUCACCAAUAUUUUUUGCAAACAUCGAGUUCUUCAGGGAAAAACUAGUGCAAGCUGUGGGAUUCAGUCCACUCAGAGUUUUGAGAAAGAGGAACAAAGCACUGCAAAGGAUCAGAAAAAUGCUAAGAAAUGGGGAGUUACACAUAUCACCUAGAGGCUUUGAGACCAUAGGUUGCUCAAUUAACGAGAUGUCAGAGGAUGAGAGCAACAUGGAGGGCUUAGAUAAGCCAAUAGACUUCUCAGACCUUCCAAUUCAGGUGAACUGGAGAGGAAAGCUUCCUGCCAACAUCUCUGUUCCUCAAGUGGACAUCCACAGUCUUGUCUUGGACUUCUCUGCUGUCUCCUUCCUUGACAUCUCAGCACUCAAAGGCCUUAAAAUGAUAUUAAAGGAAUUAAUUCGAGUGGAUGUGGAAGUCUACAUUGUUUCAUGUGAUGUGUACAUCUUGGAGAAACUGCACAGUUGCAUGUUUUUUGAUGACGAAAUCAAGACGUCAAUGUUCUUUCCCACUCUUCAUGAUGCCAUGGUGCACAUUCUGCAGAUACACCCAGAUAAUUCACAGGAAAAGAAGACAAGCUUCAAAGGGUCAAUCGGCCAGACUGAUGGAUUAUAUCAACGAAGAUCUGAAAUUCCGAAUAUUACAAGUCUAUAGAUGUUUUAUAUCAAUAUUAAGAAACAGAACACACAAUGAACAUGUAUAUCAUAAAAUUGUAUUGUCUCAGAUGUUUAUUACCAAGUUGUGGGUUAGAUGUCCGCAACCACCAAAUUCAAAUGCUAAAAGAGACGCACAUAUAUAACACAAAAGCAGGAACAUUAUUCCAUUAAUAGACAGUGCUGUACAGUCAAUUUUUUUUUUUACCAGGUGUACACAUCAGUAAUGGGAAUUCCAGCUCUUUUUUAAUGAGUCACCAGACUUCUCACUUUCAGCACCAAAGAGAAGAAUUUAUAGCAGUGCGCUACGUUUUUGCUUUCUGAAAUUCAGUAAACAUCCCAGCAUUAAUUUUUUUAAUGUGCUGCUGUAACUACAUGUAACAUAAGACUCAAUGUAUGUGAUUAAAGGUAUUUGAGGGUUUUCAA